GCUCGGUGCACUGCCUGUGAAUUGUCGACGCGUUUCGCCCAGGCUGCAACCAUCUCGUCGCUAAAACUGAGCACCGAACGACAUGAUCCCGCCACAUCUGUCCCAAUCAAGCUGCGGAACGUCUGCAGGGGCAGCAACUUCAGCGAACAACGGUACCGUGGCUCUAAGCGAUUCGCAAACCCGGCAAAAAAGAGGCAAUGCCACAAGCGACCUUCAGGAAAGUGGGGUGGAUACCAGCAGCGAACUACCCUUCGGUGCGGUCAAACAUCGAGUAUGGUCUCCAGUGUCUCUGUGCUGCGGGUUCGACAUUCGUCAGCCCUUCAUGGAACCACAAGUGGAACAAUCUCCAGAUUUUCAGGACAUAGCCGUGUACACCUCCGGCAGUUUCCCUUGUCUGCAUAUCGCUCUCCGGGGGCUUAGACCCGACCACGCCUACUACCUUGCCAUUGACUUUGAGGAAGUGAUGGCUGGAGACGAAGACAAAUGGGCUCCCCAGUAUGCAGACCCCUACUUCAUUCCACGCCCAAACCACCGUUAUGGUGCCCGGUGGAUGAAGGAAACCUUGUAUUUCAACCUGAAAACUAUCGUCAAUGGCUACCUCGAGAUCUAUGGUUGUAAGCUCAGAGAGCGUGGAGAGCACCUACCCGUUCUUCGUGUUCAUGAGUACUGCCCAAACCUCAAUCACUUGAUCUGUUCGGUCACACGGAUCAAGCUACCAUCGUGGGCUUUCGUCAUCACAUUCAAAAGAAAGCCUUCAACCGAUCCCAACACAAAGGAGCAGGAAAUUCACCUGGCAUUGAAAAAGGACCAAUUCAAUAGCCCUCCCCCCGUGGUCCUGGAUAUACUCAUGGUAGGUGUGGCGCCUCAACCGCCUGCGACGCUGUCUGACAGCACUGGCCAGUCCGGUCACGUGCAAUACCGCUCGUCCACUCUGACACCACCACCGGUAUCACAGUAUCUGCAGAAUUAUCCAGUGAUGGUUCGAAACUCGCCGCUGCCUACUUUUGAUUUCAUACGGCAUCCACAGGAGUUAGCUGCCACUCUGACAACAGAGCCUUUCAACAAUGCGUACACACCAGAGCGGGAAAUUCCCGAGGCAUUGAAAGCGGACCAAUUCAGUAGCCCUCCCCCAGUGGUCGAGGCCCAACUCACCGUAGCUGUGGCACCCCUCCCAUCUGCGAUGCUGUGUGACAGCAGUAGCCAGCCUGUUCACGACCGAUACCACUUGCCCACUCCGACACCGGCGCUUGCAUCAAACUCUCUGCAGAAUUACCCCGCGAUGGCUGCAAACCCGCCGCCGCCUACCUUUGACUACAUUAGGCAUCCACAGCAGUUGGCUGCUGCCCAGACUACAGUGCCUUCCGCCGAUGCCUACAUGCCGGAGCGGGAAAUUCACCUGGCAUGGCAAGCGGAUCAAGUCAGUAGCGCUCCCCCAGUGGUCCAGGCCCGAUUCACGGUGGCUAUGGCACCUCACCCACCUGCGACGCUGUCUGACAGCAGUGGCCAGCCCACCCAUUGUCGAUACUACUCUUCCACUCCUACGCCGACGCCCGCAUCGCAGUAUAUACAGAAUUACCCCGCGGUGGUUCCAAACUCGCUGCCGCCUAACCUUCACUACAGUCGGCAUCCACAGCAGUUGGUUGCCUCCCAGGCAACAGAGGCACCUCCACAGGAAGGUGCUGUAGCUAUGUGUGUGACCGAAGCUCCAGCGCCAUGUUUGUCGAGCUCAAACAGCUUAUCGCAGUGGUCUUCAUCGCCUCAACAGCCUGGACCACCAAGAAUGUCCCUCUGCUGCCAGAUGGCCAUGACAAUAGGCUCGCCGUAUUGCCCAAGGUGUCAAAUAUUCCUGCACUAUUAACAGGACAGUCCACAACUGGAGAUAUCGGAAGUUGGCUGCUACCAGAGGAAUCCGAUGCAAGUUCUACUUUCAAUGUUUGGUGAAUGUGACAUUACAUUGUCCCACUUGCCACUCCAUUGGUGUUGGUGUUUACCAAACCAGCCUCUAAUCGUUCGCUAUCAUUCACACUGGCUGCUAUACGUGCAUGCAACACGCACGUUAGCCGUUACCCAGCACCAUUUAUUCAUUCUGCUCUUUUUUACCCAAGACCAAAGGACUCUCUCGUACGCCUGUCCUUGUGUUUUUUAAUUUUGUAGCAGCACAAGGUAAAUGUUUUUUUUUUUAAAUAACGUCAAACACCGGCGGAGUUGGCCUCUGUUCGUUUGGAAAUUUCCCAUAUCAUGUGACCAUUCACUUAUUGCCAUCAGAAACUUAUCACAAAGCAGGUUUCAGCUUGGGACCAAAGAAAAAAUUUGUGGUUGCUUGCACAAUAUUGGGCAUAAGCGAUCUACCAUGUGAGAUACUGUCCCUACAACUGCAAAUAAAGUACAUUUUGCCCAUUUUA